AUGGGGAGAUUAGCUUUCGGUUCAAUUGGCGACUCUUUCAGUGUUACGUCGCUAAAAUCCUACCUAUCUGAAUUUAUAGCGACGCUUCUCUUUGUUUUUGCUGGUGUUGGCUCUGCUAUUGCUUUUAAUAAGUUGGAAUCUGAUGGAGCAUUGAACCCUUCGGGUUUAGUUGCGAUUGCUGUUGCCCAUGCAUUUGCCCUGUUUGUCGGGGUUUCUAUAGCGGCUAACAUAUCGGGUGGACACUUGAAUCCAGCUGUCACACUCGGAUUGGCUGUUGGUGGCAACAUCACCAUCAUAACUGGCAUCUUCUAUUGGAUUGCUCAAUGCCUUGGAUCCAUUGUUGCAUGUCUACUCCUUAAAUUCGUCACUAAUGGUUUGAGUAUUCCAACACAUGGGGUUGCUUCGGGGAUGAAUGGAUUCGAAGGCGUGGUAAUGGAGAUCGUGAUAACAUUUGCACUCGUUUAUACUGUCUAUGCUACUGCUGUUGAUCCAAAGAAGGGUUCUAUUGGAACAAUUGCUCCAAUUGCUAUCGGGUUUAUAGUUGGUGCUAACAUAUUGGCUGCUGGACCAUUUAGUGGCGGUUCGAUGAACCCUGCUAGGUCAUUUGGACCGGCUGUGGUUAGUGGUGAUCUGUCACAGAUUUGGAUCUAUUGGGUUGGUCCACUUAUUGGUGGAGCCCUAGCCGGUCUUACCUUUGACAACAUCUUUAUCGGAUCGCAGAAUGCAUAUCCGUCUUCUAAUGACUAUGCAUAA